AGUUUCUCUCUCUCUCUCUCUCUUUCACUUUCUUUAAAAAAAAAAAGAGAGAAUCUCAACAUGCAAGUGAAAACCGAGCAUCUUUCCAGUUACCAAAAACUAGGGUUUCGCAUGUUCUUCUUCGUCAUCCUUAUCACAUAGAGAGAGAGAGAUUGAGAACGAAGAGCCCAGCGAGAACUAAUUUCGAACCAAACAUAAACGAAAUUCAUUUCCAUUCUUCCUGCUUUCGUUCUCUUUCUCUCUCCUCGAGUUCAGUCCUCUGAGUUGUGUUUUAUUAUUAUUUUUUUCUUGCUUUAGUUAUUGUGAUUCAGUCCGGAUUUUGAUUCUCGCAUCUCUUAUUUUGGUGAAAAGUCUCGAUCUGUUUCUAAUCUAUUCGCUGGUUUAUUUCCUGGGAUUUCGUACGAGAACAAGCAAAUCUCGUUCGUGUAUAUACACACAUACACACUUGUCUGCAAAGAACAGUGUCUGUCUGAUUUCCCUAGAUUCGUCUGGUUUUUGGAGAAGGGAAACCAUAUUUCAAGUUUUUUGAUGAACUUCGGGGGCAUUUUCGAUAACGCGUCCGGAGGCGGUGGCGGCGCCGGCACAAGGAUCCUCUCCGACAUAUCCUAUGUAAACCAGACAAGCUUCGCCGCCGGAGUCAUGGCUCAGCACUGUCUCCUCUCUCCUCCUCUCGUUAAAUCAGUGUUUUCCUCCCCAGGCCUUUCUCUCGCCCUCGAGCGGCCGGAGAGAGAGAACAACGGUGGGGAAGCGUCCAUGAGAGGAAACGGCGAGAAUCUUGAGGUGAGUGCGAACCGGAGAAGCCGAGAGGAAGAGCGUGAGAGCAGAUCUGGGAGCGAUAACGGCGAAGGAAUCUCCGGCGAUGAUCAAGACAUUUCCGAUAAGCCGCCCAGGAAGAAACGAUACCAUCGACACACUCCUCAGCAAAUCCAGGAGCUCGAAGCAAUGUUCAAAGAAUGCCCGCAUCCGGACGAGAAACAGAGGCUGGAGCUUAGUAGGAGACUUUGCCUAGAGACAAGACAAGUCAAGUUCUGGUUCCAGAACCGCCGCACCCAGAUGAAGACGCAAUUGGAGCGGCAUGAGAACUCGUUCCUCCGACAUGAGAACGAUAAGCUAAGAGCAGACAACAUGUCGAUACGUGAAGCGAUGCGUAACCCAAUCUGCAGCAGCUGCGGUGGACCCGUCAUGCUCGGCGACGUAUCCCUCGAAGAGCAACAGCUCAGGAUCGAGAACGCACGUCUCAAAGACGAGCUCGAUCGCGUCUGCGCCCUCGCCGGUAAGUUCAUCGGCCGCCCCAUGUCCGGUGACCCACCGCUCCCCAACUCCUCCCUCGAGCUCAGCUUCGGAUUCCCGCCGGAUUUUGGGAUCUCGACCACCGGCGCUGGCUUUUUGCCGGCGAUACCUCCAACGCCGCAGCAGCCGGCGGUUUCUGGGGUCUAUCAGAGGUCUGUUCUCUUGGAGCUGGCUCUGACCGCCAUGGACGAGCUUGUGAAGCUGGCUCAGACGGAUGAGCCGUUGUGGGUGAAAAGCUUAGACGACGAUAGAGAGAUUCUCAACCACGAGGAAUACGUCAGAAGUUUCCCGCCCACCCUCGGUCCGAAGCCGACCGGUUUUGUGACCGAAGCUUCCAAAACCACUGGUUUGGUCAUCAUCAACAGUUUGGCCCUCGUCGAGACCUUAAUGGACUCUAAGCGAUGGACGGAGAUGUUCCCAUGCAUCAUCUCAAGAGCCUCAACCACCGACGUGAUCUCCGGCGGAAUGACCGGAACAAGAAACGGUGCACUUCAGCUGAUGCAUGCGGGGCUUCAAGUGUUGUCGCCGUUGGUUCCGGUUCGCGAGGUGAAUUUCCUCCGGUUCUGCAAACAGCACGCGGAGGGCGUAUGGGCGGUGGUCGACGUAUCUGUCGACGGUGGUCGGGAAUAUUCUGGCGGAUCUCCGGCGCCUGUCCGUCGACUUCCGUCUGGCUGCGUGGUGCAGGAUAUGCCCAACGGAUACUCCAAGGUGACGUGGCUGGAGCAUGCAGAGUACGAGGAGAGCCAAGUCCACAUCCUCUACCGACCACUGUUGCGGUCUGGCCUCGGCUUCGGCCCUCGGCGUUGGGUCGCUACUCUCCAGCGGCAAUGCGAGCGUCUCGCCAUCCUCAUGUCCUCCUCCGUCUCCCCUCCCGACAACGCUGCCAUAACGCCGAGUGGCCGGAAAGGCAUGAUGAAGCUGGCGCAGAGGAUGACGUACAAAUUCUGCUCGGGCAUCUCAGCGCCGCCGUCGGUCCACGGCUGGAGAAAGCUGACGGUGGGUCACGUGGACCGUGACGUUAGGGUCAUGACCCGUGGCGAGCCAACGGGGAUCAUUCGGAGCGCCGCCACGUCGGUGUGGCUGCCGGUGCAUUCGCAGCGGCUGUUCGAUUUCCUAAGGGACGGCCGAAUGAGAUGUGAGUGGGAUAUUCUAUCCAACGGGGGUCCCGUCCAGGAGAUGACCCAUUUUUCCAUUGGCCGUGAUCGCUGCAACUCCGUCUCUCUUCUCCGGUCCAAUGCAAUGAACGCAAGCCAGAGUAGUAUGCUGAUUCUGCAGGAGACAUGCAUAGACGCCACGGAAGCGCUUGUGGUGUACGCGCCUGUGGACGUACCCGCCAUGCACGUUGUGAUGAACGGUGGAGAUUCGUCCUUCGUGGCACUCCUCCCCUCUGGCUUCGCUAUCCUCCCCGACGGAGGCGGGCCCCACGACGGCGCCGGCGAAAUGAAAACUCCUGCGGCCGGUUGUGGGUCCCUCCUGACGGUGGCGUUUCAGAUACUAGUGAACAGCCUCCCCACCGCCAAACUAACGGCGGAGUCCGCUGAGACCGUUAACAACCUGAUAACGUGCACCGUUGAGAAGAUCCGUUCCGCCCUACAUUGCGAUAGCUGAUGACUGACGCCGUCUGCUUUUAUUUCUUAUAUCUGUUCUUUUUAUGUAGUUCACUUUCCGGGGUGUCGAGUCAAGAACGAACCGCGCGUGAGGGUGAAAGCCGACUCCUUUCACCGUUUUCGGAAGGGCGAAAACCGUCAUUUCGAAUAGCGGUGCGGGUCGGUGGUUCGGGUAUUGACUCGGGUCAGAAACCCUGAUCGAUCUGCUCUCAUGGACCGUCUGUGUAAUCCUUUUCUCUAAGUCGUAUAUCAAGAACAAAUACAUGUUGCUUGUUUGUUCA